AACAUGUGUCAUGUCGAUCGCAGCGCGUGGUAUUAGUUCGGCAUUCUACUCAGGGUCAAACCUCAGUAGUAGACAGUGUGGUGCGUGGUAGCUAGCUAGCGUUUCUUCUUCUGAUUCUUCUUCUCCGAGACAAAGCCAUGGCUUAUAUAUACCACUAGCCCCCACCCCCCUUCCCUUUUACCUCAUAUCUGCUUAACUGCAGCCAGCCUACCUCUGCCGCCAAGCCUGGCCAGCCAAGAAGAUACUUUUUCAUCUCGCCAACAACCCCACCGCCGGCCACCGUACCGGGCACGCGAGAAAGCGCCCAUGGGGAGACCGCCGUGCUGCGACAAGGUUGGCGUGAAGAAGGGGCCAUGGACGCCCGAGGAGGACCUCAUGCUCGUCUCCUACAUCCAGGAGCACGGCCCCGGGAACUGGCGCGCCGUCCCGACCAACACCGGGCUGAUGCGGUGCAGUAAGAGCUGCCGGCUGCGGUGGACCAACUACCUCCGGCCCGGGAUCAAGCGCGGCAACUUCACCGACCAGGAGGAGAAGCUCAUCGUCCACCUCCAGGCCCUCCUCGGCAACCGAUGGGCGGCGAUAGCGUCCUACUUGCCGGAGCGGACGGACAACGACAUCAAGAACUACUGGAACACCCACCUCAAGAAGAAGCUCAAGAAGAUGCAGCAGGCCGCCGCCGGCGACGGCGGCGCCGCCACCUCCUCGGCCGGCGACACCGCCGGAGCCGCCGCGGCCCCCGCCGUCCCCAAGGGCCAGUGGGAGCGCCGCCUGCAGACUGACAUCCACACGGCGCGCCAGGCCCUUCGCGACGCGCUCUCCGUCGAGCCCUCCCCUGCGCCCGCGCCCGCCAAGGAGGAGCUGGGGACGAUGCCGAUGCCGAUGUCGAUGCCAAUGCCGAUGCCGACGCCGGCGCCUACAACGACGACAUACGCGUCGAGCGCGGAGAACAUCGCGCGGCUUCUGGAAGGCUGGAUGCGCCCGGCCGCGUCCAAGGGGCCGGAGGCUUCGGGGUCAGCGUCGUCAACGACGCAUCCGCCUCAGCUGCAGUGCUCCUCCUGGGAGGGCGCGACGUCGGUGAGCCAGAGCGCAGGCGCGGCGCACACGCCCGAGGGCUCGACGGAGACGAGCCACAAGACCGGCGGCGGAGGCGGCGCGGCGCCGGCGUUCUCCAUGCUGGAGAGCUGGCUGCUCGACGACGGCAUGGGCCACGGCGACGGCGAGGCGGGGCUCAUGGACGACGUGGUGCCGCUGGGGGACCCCAGCGAGUUCUUCUAAGUUAAUCGACUAGAGCAUGCAGCAACAACAAGAAGAAGUUAUUCUGAGAAAGGUCUCGCCGAUCAAGUAGCUGAGCGAGGAACAACUGAAGAAGAAGGUGCUCCGAUUUAGGUCCAACAGGGUGUAGAACUGUCGAUCGAUCCAGUUUGGUGGUUAAUCUUCCUUUUUAAUUAGAUUUUUGUUGCUGUCUUUGCUGUGUUAACUAGGGUUUGGAACUGAUCAUGCCGUAAAUGGAUCGUGCAGGAGGGCGAGAAUUAAAGAAAGAAAUGUACAUCUUACUUAUAAAACAAAGAUUUAUUUAUAUAGAUCGAUGCUUAAUUAGA